UACAAAUUACAAUAUCUAUUAAUUUACAAAACAUUAUAACAAGAGGUCUAAAACCACGGAGAUGGUAAUGCAAGUAUAGCAAAUAGUGGGACUAAGUGGAGUGAUUGAAACGUGCUACUAGCUAGUUUACAGUCCGAUCUUUAUUUUAUGGGUUUUUUUCAAUUUUAAUAAAAAAACUUUUAAUUAAUUGCCGGUGUCGCUUUUUGUUUCGUAGUUCCACUAAACUGUAUUUGUUAAUUAUUGUUUUAAUUGGUAAUAUCAAUGUUGUGUGAAAUUUAUGCGUAACAGUUAUCAUGCUAAGGAUAUAAAAUUUUCAAUAAAAUUGGAAAAUGAGCAACGGAAUGCCUUUCGACAAAAGUAUAGGACUCUGGAUGUCCGAUAAAAAAAGUCAAAAAUUGAAUUGGAAGGAGUUGAUUCAUGCAUGCAAUUCCCACGGUUUCAAUCUUGUCAAGUUGGACUUGGAGAGACCUUUUGAAGAUCAAGGUAGAAUAGAUGUAUUGCUACACAAACUUACUGACAUAAUAGCAGCUGCUGAUCAAGGUGAUGUGAAGGCAUCAAUGAACAUACGGCGUGUGGAGCAGUAUUUAUCGAAUCAUCCAAACGUAACCAUAAUUGACCCCUUGGAUAACGUGCGAAUUUUAUUAAACCGGUAUUGUUAUUACACUAUACUACAGGAUGAGAUAUCAUUCCAAAAUCAAGGUAUAUUCACACCAGCUUUUGCAGAGUUCUCAACAAACAAUAUAGAGCAAAACAUUGAGAUUAUGCGAAAUAACGGAGUGACAUUUCCUGUAAUAUGCAAGCAGACGAUUGCGCACGGCUCAAAGUCUGCACAUGAAAUGGUACUAAUCUUCAACGAGAGAGGACUUCAUGUUUGCAAGGCACCCUGCGUGGUGCAGAGUUUUGUGAAUCAUAAUGCUGUACUUCAUAAGGUGUUUGUGGUUGGUAAUAGGUAUCACAUUUGCGAGCGACCAAGUUUAAAAAACUUCUACGCUUCUGACGACCUAGAACCAAUAUACUACAGGACAGGUGAAGUUUGCAAAGCGGACAGUCAAUCCACGUUAUCCAUUUUGGACCCUCACGACAAGGCUGAAAUAAAAAUGACCCUUAACGAGGAUAAAAUAAGGUCGAUCAUCCGAGUACUCAGAAAGAAGAUCGGAUUAAUUCUUCUCGGCUUCGACGUGGUCAUAGACAAUACGACAGGUAAUCACGCUGUUAUUGAUAUCAACGUGUUCCCAAGUUACGACAAUUUUCCAAAUUUUUUCGAGCAUCUAUUACAAUGUAUUAAUGAGAGUUUGGUUAAAUAUAACAGUGAUAAUUUCGAUAUAAAUGUGACGGAUAAUUUCGUUGGCAAUUAUAGAUUAAAUGGUUUAAUUAAUGUUGGCGAUAGUCGUACUAAUUAUAGAGUAAUGGGAAUGAAUAUUAUAAACUAAUUUUUCGGUAACCUCAUAGUAGUCUAUGUGUUGUGUAUACCUACUAUUUAUAAGACGGGGACUACCAUAUGGGAGAAAAUACUAAACGAAAUAAAACUAUUUGUGAUAAAUUUUGUCUGUAGAAUUAUAGAUAAAAUGCUAAUGCAUACUUGUAUGUAGCUAUUUAUAGCUCUAUUAACGUAUUUAACUUAGUUAACAACAACUUAGUCUAGAAAGUAGUAUUCGAAGCACUUAUUAAAAAAUAUUAUUAACUUUUUUUACUUACUGUAUUAGCACCUAUUGUAUUGUAUGUCUAUAAUAUACAAUUAUAAUUUAAAAUACUUGAUCAACAUUCUUGCGAACUUGGUACAUUAUUGUUUAAAAAAAAUCUAUGUAGGUUGAUAAAAUUUUAAUCGGAC